AUACGUAUAAUGUUUAUUGACAUCUCUGAAUCUAUCACGCAAGCUUUGUUUGAUCAAUAUUAAGACAAAAUAAAGUUUAUAAUGCUAAACUCAGUAGCAAGGAUUGCAAAUGGUAAUAGAAUUUUGUCAAAUUUCACGACGGCAAGUGUAAGGCGAAAAUUUAAAACGAAUAUCCUCUUUUCACAUUCAUCUUGCAUUAGAGGUUAUAUCGUGCCGAAUUUCGAUAAAUCUUUAAAGUAUUUUAAUAAUAAUACGGCGAUAUAUCAAAAAUUAACAGCCAAAUAUUCGACUGAAAUUCAAAAUCCUACGUCUUCAGAACAAGAACUUAGUGCUAUAGGAUUCGACAAAAUAUCUAAUGAAACUCUGGAGUCUCUGACAGAAUAUUUUGACGAAAUUAUAGAAAAAGCAGAGCAUUUAGAUGAUGCAGAUGUGUCUUGUGGGGAUGGAGUUUUAACAGUGAAGUUUGGAGACCUCUAUGGUACUUACGUCAUAAAUCGGCAAACUCCAAACAAACAAAUAUGGCUCUCGUCUCCGACAUCUGGACCGAAACGCUAUGAUUUCAUAAACAAUAAAUGGGUGUACAGGCAUGAUGGAAAAUCUUUACAUGAACUCUUAAACGACGAAAUUCCAACUAUUCUCAAACGUCCAGUGUCGUUUGAUAAGUGUUCAUAUAGUGGAAAAGACAAUUAAUUAAUUAAUUAAUUAAUUAAUAAUUGUUAUUAUAUCAAUCACGUUCUGAACUAGAAGUAAGAAAUCGUGUUAACAAAACUUGUACAAAUUGUAAAGCACUGUACUCAGUGGAAAAUAUGAAUGAAAGAAAAUAGAUUUGAAUUAAAUUAGUAAACUA